GCAGAUCUCCGGCGAACCCUAGGUCCUGAUGGCCCGCGGGGAGACCCAGGUCCUGGACGACGGAGGGACGCCGCCGCUGGGGUCUCCGGUUGUCUCCGGCGAUACAACGCGGAGCGAGGGCGGAGGCGACGACGACGACGGCAUGUUGUACGGCGAUACACAGGCACUGGACGACGACGAUGAGACCCAGGCAGUUGAUGAUGAGUUUGAGGAGCAGGAGGAGGAGGCGGCGGCUGGCGAGACGCAGUUGAUCGAGGAUUCAGAGGAGGAAGGUGUUGAUGUCGCCGGGCAGACGCAGGCGGUAGAGGUGGAGGAAGAUGAAGACGGCGGCAGCACGGAGGAUGAAGCCGGUGGAGGUAACAAGACCCAGUUGCUUGAAGAAUGCGAGGCGGAGGGUGGAGGGAACAAGACCCAGUUGGUUCAGGAAUGUCAGGAAGAGGAGAGAGUGAAUGACAGCGGUGACGAGGCCGAUGCCAUCGAUUGGGGGAUGACCCAGCGGGUUGAAGACACUGAUGAAGAGGUAGGCGACGAUGGCGACGAUGAGUUGAGCGAGGGCACUCAGGUGCAGAGCGACGAUGAGGGCCUGCAGAAUGAUGAGAGGGAUGUGGAGGAGCACGAUGAUGUGGCAGAUUCCGAUGCUUCCACGGAUGAAGAGGGUGGCACAGCUCGUGAAGCAUUUACGAUUAAAAGUUUGGAACAAGGAAAAAGGCAACCUAUGGCCAAUGGAACAUUUCCCCUGACAGAAAUUGUAGAAAACUCUACCUCAUGUGGUACAUCCUUAGGUGGUUGCCCUGAUCGUGGGAUUGAUGAUGGAUCUUAUGGUUAUGUACAGAGCCAUGGCAAAGAUGGGAGUAAAAGCAAAGGCAGGUGCCCAACGGCAAAGAAGCUUUUUGCUGACACAGCAACGGAACAGAGUGAAAGCAAGAGCAGGCGUUUUUCUGGACUAAGCUAUCUCAACUCACAGGAGCCUGGUGAUCUAUCUCAAGCGAAUGCUUUGGAAGUUGUGGAGGGGCUGAUCUCAAUUAAUGGUGGCCUAUCGUCUCAAGAACCGACGCCAAAGAAAUUAGGAAAGGCAAAGCCACCUGUUUCAAUAAAGAUGGGAACUUUACAACUGGCUGAGAAGGUUGACCGCUGUAGAAGUUCCAACGGAAAGCCAGAAAUCUUUGCUUGGGUGGAUAGUCAGGAGGAUGAUGGCGGAGGUGAGUUUUUCAGUAAAAACAAGGAUGUCUUGUUGCACCAAUCAACCGGUAAACGGAAAUCAAAAAUUCCCAGGCCAAAGAAGUGCUCCACAAAAAUUGCUCCUGUUGACACUAAAAAAAGGGAAUACAAAAGCAGAACGGAUUCCAAUGUUCGUGGGAAAAUUGAAACUUUACCUUCAUCUGAUUCGAGACUACUCGAAAGUGAGGUCAAGAGUAAGCGGACUUCUGGAAAAAGGAGUAAGAAAAAUCUUUUGAACGACUUGGGCUGUCUAUCAAAUGCCAAACCUGUCGAAAGACAGCAGGAAAAGGUCAGUGUGAAUUUGCAUGAUGUUGGUCAGGAUACUCAAAUGGCUGUCUUAGCUAUAGAAGCACUGGCACAAAGUUCACCUGCUGAAAACUUAUCAGCUGAAGAUGAACUUCCAGUGAACAGAGACCUGAGAGUUGGAUCUAGAGCAGAAAAAAGUCAAUCAAAGAAUGGCCCUCCACGAAAGAGAACUAGCAGCAUCCAGGAAGGUGUCAUGACACGUUCAAAAAGAAUAAAAGUAACUGAGUUGAACCAAAAGCCUCAGAAAAAAAGACAGAGAGGAAUACAGUCGCAAGAAAAUUUGGAAGAUUGUGGAACAAAGACGAAAAAUAAGCAGGCAAAGUCAGUACAAGAGAAGAAUAAAAUUGCAAAGAUAGUUGAUGGAAAUAAGUAUGCCAGUACACCUAUUGCUCAUCGCACAAGGCACACUGGGAGAAAUAGUCUCUUUGAGUAUUCUGAGUUAGGUCCUAAUAAGCACUUGAAGAAGGGCAUGAAUUUGACAGGUGACAACUCCACGACUGGAGAAGUAAGAAACAAUCAUACUGCACAUGAACCUGAGAGACCGAUGCUUAGUGAAAGAACAGGAUAUGGUUCCGGUUCUGUUGUAAAAGAAAGCACAAAGCAUACAUGUGCAAAUCAAGCUCAGAAUCUUCAGCAAAAUAACGGUGCAAGCAUACAGCAUACCAGUGCAAAUGUUUCUGAGAACCUUGAAUCAUUCAGAGAUGAACCAGCAACUCAUGUCUCUCGCAGAGAACCCUCCUCUCACCCCAAACAGAGAAGAACACCUAGAGCAAAGCUACAGGCAAAGGCUCCUGCAGUUACCCAAACGGCUACAGAUCAUGAAAUACAGCCAGAAGUGGUAAGGUCACCCAGGAAAAGACGGGUGUUCAUUAAGAGAUCUGAAUUACUGACGUAUGCAAGGAGGGAGCCCUCCAAGGGAUCAAUGUCUAUGCUGUCUAGUAUUAUCCCACAAUCAUCAGCUGUUUCCCCUAUACUUAAUUCUUCUAAGGGAGUUAACAACAAGAGUUCUGGUUUUGGUAGCUCUGAUCAGCGACAAAAGGAACCAUCCGGUGUAAGGGAUGCAAGCAACUCACCAGAGAGUAACUCUCCAGUUCCGAACAGUGUCCUGAAAACACCUUCUAAAAUGGUAAAUAAACUGUCGCCAACUUUCAGUCCUCUGAAUCCAUCAAAAGCUUCAAGGAGCUUGUCAAAACCCUCUAUUGCCAGAGAGCUGCUGGAGUUAGAUCCUGAAAAUACUCUAUCAAGUCGACAUCGAAAAGAUUCUAGGAGGAAAGAUAUGGCCAGUGCCAGUAUUUUAUUCAGCCAUCAUUUGGAUGAGGAUGUGAUCAAGCGUCAGAAGAAGAUCUUGGCACGCUUAGGAGUCCGUGAAGCAUUUUCUGUUUCGGAUGCAACACAUUUUGUGGCAGAUGGUUUUUUCCGCACAAAGAAUAUGCUAGAGGCAAUAGCACUUGGCAAACUGGUAGUGACAUCAAUGUGGCUUGAAAGUUGUGGAGAAGCAGGCUGUUAUGUUAAUGAUAAGAAGUAUAUUCUGAGGGAUGCCAAAAAGGAAAAGGAGAUAGGUUUCAGCAUGCCUAUAUCACUGGCCUCAGCUUCCAAGCAUCCUCUGCUGUUGGGAAAAAGAGUGUUUGUAACACAAAAUGUGAAGCCCAGUCGACAAGUGCUGACUUGCUUGGUUUCGGCAUCUUCUGGGCAGCCAUUAGAAAGGAUCGGAAGGUCCAUAAAUAAGGAAAGGGAAGCACCAGAUGACCUACUGGUCAUCUCAUGCGAAGAGGACUAUGAAACAUGCGCGGCACUCCUUGAAAAAGGUGUCAAUGUUUAUGAGGCGGAACUUAUACUGAAUGGUAUAGUCACCCAGAAGCUGGAGUAUGACAGACACCGCCUUUUCUCGGACCGUGUCAGGCAGACCCGCUCGACGAGGUGGCUGAAAGAUAAUGCCCGCGGGCAGUUUGUGCCCGUAUCAAGGAGUUGAUCCUGCCAGUGUAAAUGUAGUAUGGUACUGCAGCGGAUGCCUGUUUUAUCCCCAUCCUAGUUCUAGCAGAUGU